CGAAGCCAAAUCAGUGUGACCAUCAAUUGUUCCAGUGCCGUCACAGUAAACGAUGGUGAUGACUUCACAUGUGUGUGUAGAGGUGAAGGUGGAAACCCCCCAGCUGAUGUAACUUGGUAUGAUAAAGAUGGCGUCCAGAUUGGUGGAACAGGAAAAGAAGAACAAACAUUGACUCUCAGUAACGUUGAUGGAACAAACAGUGGAACAUACAAGUGUGUGGCCCAAACCCACACUCUAACUGAUGAAAAAUUAGUCGAAGUGAAAGUAAGACUUGAUUGUAAGUAUUGUUGUAAAUAUAUGCGUGUUUGCAAGUAAAUAUUUAAACUGGCGCAUGGCGUGUGCACAUACCACAUAUGCAAAUUUAGAAACUGUAUAAAAAGGACAUGCAUGUUUGAACUAGUGCUGCGUAUGUUUUGAAGUGAAGAAUAUAUAAUAACAACCUUGUGUCCCGCAAGUUGUUGUUCCAUUUAAAUGAGUGAGUAAAUUAUUUAUAUUUCCCAUGUGUUUCAUGCAUACACGUUCCAUGCAUGUUAUCAAUAGGUAACAUGCAGUAUCGUCUUUGACUGAAAAACUCGUCGUAUUUUUAAUAUCAUAUAUUGCCGAAACCAUAUUUUAUACUACUUUGUUUUCUAUAGUUCCACCAGAAGAGCCAUACUUUAAGGAUAAAGCGGUUAUUGGUAAAACUUUUGCCAUAACUUGUGAAUCUAAUGGUCAUCCUUCACCAAGUUAUACCAUAAUCCAUAAUGAUACCAAGAUCGUCAGUAAUGGCAAGACGUAUAAAAUAGAUGUUGUGCAGUACAGUGAUGCUGGGUUUUAUAAAUGUAUUGCCGAGAAUAAACUUGGAAAUAGUUCAACGAUAUACUAUUUAUCUAUCCUAGGUAAGAUUCAACAUUUUCAAACAAAAACUGUUUUUACAACUUAUGUUCACCACCUCUCAUUUUACUACUUCAUUAUUAGUAAUUAUACAUUGUCUGCCGCAUUCGCUUCAAAAUUUCGACUGUAAUGAAAGUGAAAGUGUAAUAACAUUAACUCAAUAUGUUUAGAUCAAUUAAAAAAUCCGACAACUGGUAUUAGCACUCAAAAUUUCUCCACUACCGAGAAUUCUAGAUCAGGUAUAAGAUAUAUACUUGUUCAGAAGUUAUAUACACUUUAUAAAAGCAAGUUGAAUAGACUAUAUAUUUAUUGAUGUAAACUAUCUUCCUAAAACAAUAGUUUCUAUAACAAGCCCCCCUGACCUGAGCAAAGCUAGUGUUAUUUUGCUGCAUGGUACAGAUAUUGCAGGGGGGGUUGUUGUUUUACCACUACAUUUAUCGUUACUACAUACAUGGAGGUAUAAUCAAACUGGGAGAAGCAUGCAUGAACAGCAUGUUUUGUGAUCCGAGACCACUAUAAUAAACAUUAACUCAAAAAUCAUAGCGGAUUACAUCUAUUUCUUUAUACCCUUUUUAAAGUUUGUAUGGCGUUGUGUUUAUCAGUUUCAAAUAUUUCUGUUCAAUCAAUACAGCAACCAACAAAGACGAUGAUGGGAAAAUUGUUGUAGUAUGGCAUAUUGUUGUGUCUUUGGUGUCCGGGAUUAUCAUUGGAAUUCUUCUUUCCUACAUUGUCUCAUGUUCUCGUCGUAAAUUUAGAAGUAGAAAGCCUAAGUCAAACCCUGAAUCAAAAACAACUGAAGCUGAUACAACGUAUCAAGAGCUAGAUCUUUCAAAAAUGAACACAGAAGAUAAUUAUCAGUUCGUUGAGAGUGAAUGCUGCAAGUUAUGA